UUGCUUUGCGCAUGUUACAAAUGAAAAUGUAGGUUGCUCUCAUAUUUGCGAGGUUAUGACGGGACCUCUGGAAGUGUAGAUUUGACAGAUCAAGACUUGUAAGAGAAGAAACAGAAACAAUGUUUGAGGGUGCUGUAGCUGCUCUCCUCAACCGGUUUUUGGGAAAAUACGUGGAAGACUUGGAUACUGAACAAUUUAAUGUCGGGAUCUUCUCUGGAGAUACUUACCUAACUGAUUUAAAAUUGAAGCCAGAAGCUUUGUAUCAGCUCGGAUUACCGAUAAGAGUGGAAAUCGGUUUGAUUGGGAAAAUAAAUUUGAAAAUACCAUGGACAGGCUUAAGUACACAGCCUACAACUUUGUCAAUACAGGAUAUUUACAUAGUGGCAGUACCGGCAACGUCUGGUUCUUAUAAUAUGGAAAUGGAAAAGCGUCUAAUACGAGCAACAAAAAGAAGGAUAUUAGAACACUUGGAAGAGGACAGUUUCCUAGGCCCUGGGGUACCACCAGAUUCAUUUGACAGACUGAUAACAUCAGUUAUAAAAAAUUUCCAGAUAACUGUAAAUAAUAUCCAUAUAAGAUAUGAGGAUAGACUUUCAAAUAAUUCUCCAAUUGCUUGUGGUCUUUGUAUUCAAAGUCUUUCAAUGGCCACUACAAAUAAUAAAUGGAAACCUGGUGUAACAUCAUCUAAUUCUUCAUCCAUGUACCAUUUGGUACGAGCUGAAUCUUUCAGUGUAUACUUGGAUUCGAAUGCAGAACCAUCUUUACCAACUUAUCCUAAAAAAUGGGAGCUUUCUACCUUACUUGCUUGGAAAACUAUCAUGUUUGAAGCCCUUCAAACAUUUAGCAUGAAUAAUCAAGAAUUUCAAUUUUUGGUGAAGCCCUUUACAACAAAAAUAAAAAUUAUUAUAAACAAGAGCAACGAAGCACGAGUACCAAGGUUGUUAGUCGACAUAGUGUUACAAGAUAUAGCAACUCAAUUUUCGGAACGACAAUAUAACAUACUAUGUCAUAUUUCUGACUCCUUACAUCGUGUAACAAUUAUCAGGCCUUUUCAAAAAUACCGUCCUAUCAAAACGGUACAAAAAAAUCCUAAGGCCUGGUGGAAGUAUGCGUACUCAGUGGUUUUGGAUCACAACGUCAGACCAUACACGUGGGACUAUUUCUGGCAACACAGAACUAAUUAUAGAAAAUACAAAGAGACUUUCUUGCGUACUCUCCGACAACCGAAUGACACUGAGCUCAAAAUGGAUUUACAAAAAUAUGAAGACACACUUACAAUAGUGAACGUUGUUAUUGCACGGGAGCAUGCUAAAGUUGAACUCAAAAAGAAGGAACCAGGACGUGUACUAGUAGAUACACGUAAUCCUACCGCUUUUCGAUUACUUGUCAACCAUGAGAAAAUUCAUGAUAUUUAUAUGCAAUUAACCGACGUGGAAAGCCAAGAACUUUCAGGAAUGGUUAUAAAUGCCGAAAAGCUCGAGAAUGUGCCGAAACACAUAGAUCGAAAAUACAAUUUUUCCCUUAUUAAUUAUUCUUUAAGUUUUUUACUUAAUGAUCGAGAGGUAUUAGUUGUGACUUUAACACAGUUCUUGGCAAGUAUUGAAACUCGUCCGGGUUUAUUAGCUUACAAAGUAUCUGCACGAGCUGAAAGUUUUGUCAUUGAGGGUGCAUCUGCAGAAAAUGAGUUGGUUCCUCUGAUUACAACUGACAACGUCUUAACGGGGAAUAUGGCCUCCAAUUUUUUGUCUGUCGAUUUUGAAAAAAAUCCAGUGAAUUCCGAUUAUGACUAUGAUAUAUCAGUAACCUUGGAGCCUCUGGAAGUAACUUAUCAUAAGCAUGCCGUCAAUGAAAUUAUAAAAUUCUUUAAAACGGAUGACAUGCGUAUUGAUCGCGCAGUAAUUGAUAUAAAUGAAAUAUGCACAAAAAAAUGUGCAUCUGUACUAGAUUCUAUCUUUACACGACGAUUAAGAGUCAAUUUAAAGAUGGAUUUGAAGGGUCCAUAUUUUAUUUUCCCAGAACGCGGAUCACUUCAAAAGGGCGGAAAUGUACUUCUAUUUGAUGUGGGAAAAAUGUCUUUAAGAAGUGAAUUACAAGCCACAGACGUGCAAUUUGAGGAUGCGACACUUAUGGAAUUGGAGGAAAUACUUUAUGACAGAAUUCACAUAAGUUUUGAUGAUGGACAUGUUUUACUUUGUCAUUCAGGCGAUGAUUGGCGUGAUGCAAGGAAACGAAAAGAUUCCGAAUAUCAUUUAAUACCAAAGAUUCAUGCAAACGUAACUUGGUCACGUAGUGUGAAACCUGAAUAUCGAUCACUGCCACGAACCAAACUCAAUGCAACUGUGUCAAGUUUUAAAUUGAACUUAUCAGAAAAAAAGUUCCAGUGUAUCUUAAAUUUCUUGGAACUGAUACCAGUACCAACAUUGGAUAAAUCUGAGAAACGCAUAUCUAAUAAACAAAAAGCAUUGAAAGAAUUGAAGCGUGGAAUUGCAUUUUCAAUUGAUGAAUUGAUUAUGAUACGCUCCGUAAUUGUCUUGGCUUCUACAGUUACGGGACAAGGACAUUCUCAAUCUGCUAAAAAAGAAGGGAUGGGCAGCAACUGCAGCGGAACUGAUGUCGAAGGGAGUGCAAUUUCGUCGGAAAUUAGUGAGGAGGAUUUAGAACGAUGGACCAGAGCAGUAGAUCUUCCAGGAUUUGAUGACAAUGUUUCUCCUCAUAAUCGUGUUAAUUUCUUGAUGAGAUUCGUCAUUGGAGAGUUAUCCGUUCAUUUGGAACAUUCUAUUGAUGGUACGGAAUAUCCGUACUUAAUUUUGAGAAUUUGUACAUUAUACCUCGAAGCUGCGAUAAUGGAAUAUGGACCUGCAAUACAAUUUGGAAUUGGUUCCAUACUUCUAGCAGACAAAACCAACGCUGGUGUGACAGGCUCGUAUCUUGAACUUGUCUCAACAAAUGGAUCAACUGAAGUACUUGCUAUAUUAUACCGCAAGGUCAGAGCAAACUGUCCAGAUUUUAAAUCACACUUCAAGAGUAUUGAACAGUCUCUGGUAAUCGAUGUGGCAACUAUCAAUUUUGUCUUUCAUCGAUAUGCUUUGUUAAAGUUAAAGGAUUACUACACUAAUGUGGCUAGAAUCUGUAAGAAGAAGAACGUUGGAAAUAUUUUUAAUGUAGCGCACUACAGUAAAUUUGCUUUUUGGAAAAAGAAAAAAGAUGAUCCACCUAUUCCACCAGGUGCAUUGAAACUAAGUUACUCUGCAAGACUAAAUACAUUUAUAUUACGAUUGUGCGAUAGAGAAAAUGAUUUAUUGGAAGUUAACGUCUCAGGUGUGGAAAGUGACUGUAUUUAUAAAGCCAAUGAAAGAAUGAUAUUACGUGCACAUGUAAGAAGCUUAACUGUUGAAGAUCUGACCGAAUUCACUCUUUACACUAAGCUUGUGACAACUGACGAGGAUAAGAUUUGCGAUUUGAAAUAUGUCAGGCAUACGCCAAAGCUAUAUGCAUGUCCUGAUAUUGAUACGGAGCAAGAUGAUGUUAUGGCCGAUGGAAGUUUCAAACUCUCGAUUGGCCGAAUGAAUAUAGUGUUUAUUUCUAAAAUUCUACAUGAAUGCCAAAAUUUCAUGGAGCCAUUUCUAUACUUACUUUGUGAGCCUGUAAUUGCGUCGUGUAAGUGUGUGUCAACUUGGGGAAUACAACAAUUUAGGAACAGUGGAACCAAGCUACGCAUAUUUGUCGAUAUUCAAGGUCCGACUUUACUAUUACCUCAGAAGAAAGAUAUUCCAAAUUUAAUUGUCUUCGCUACAGGUGUACUAACGGCCGAAAACUUUUUCAAAGAAAAAGCGCAAAUAAAACAGUCAGUGACUGUGAAUGGAAACAAUUCAUAUGCAUCUAUAAUUGAAAAUAUUUUAUUAAAAUUAAAAUCUAUGACGAUAUCCAGGGCUGUAAUGACAUUGAGCGGAACUUUGGAAGUCCAGGAGCCAAUUUUAGAGCCUGUUAAUAUACGGUUUGAUAUAAAAAGGACUUCAGAAUAUCGAAGUACAACAGGUUCUCAUAAAUAUGGUCUUUGCGAGGUUCGAGGUUCUAUGGAUUUGAUCUCAAUCAAUGUUGGACAAAAAGAUCUUAUGUCUAUGUUUUCCGUAUGGGAAGAUAAUCUUGCGAAAGUCCUUGGUUGCCAAGGAGGAAGAUACAACAGACAAUCGUUAACGAAUCUCUAUUUGGACAAUUCAAUUGCCGAAGAUGCGACAGUGAAGAAAUUAGAAGUUUUCUUCGCCCAAAAUGAGCACCCAUCAUGCGAAAUUUCUACAAAGUUAACGCUGGACGGACUGCAGUUGUAUUUAUUCUCAGACGCCGAGGAGAUUUUGAGUUCGCCAGUGCGUGAUUUAAGUCAUGGGCUCUGCCGACUUACCGUUGGUGAGAUAUCUUCAUCCUUGGAUAUAUACAAUGAUCACAGCAUCAAUAUGAAAGUAUCGGUAAAGAGCUGUCUCUUGGAAGAUACGUGUAAUGAUACUAGCUCGGUGAAAAAGAUAAUUCAAUCACCGGCAAAAACAAUUGGAAUGAAUUUGGAAUCACAUAUUUCUGUCUCGAUGCCUCCGAUACUUGAUAUUACUUUUACGCAAGCGUCAAGUGGAGAUAAAUGUUUCGAUAUGCUUGUGGAAGAAACGCGAAUUAAUUUGUCUAUACCAUUUAUAAUAAACGUGGGUCGAUAUUUCGCUGAUGCUCUACCCGGUGAACAGGUAGACAAGGGAGUUAUCAAUCGCGGAUACGAUGGCGACAGUAACUUAUUUAUUAAAUCAACCGAAGGAUCAGAUAUACCAGCAGGCUUGGACCAGACAAAUAUUGGAAAACAAGCUUCUUGUAUUUCUGCAGCAUGUCUUGAAGAACAACCAGGUACUUCAAUUUCGAUAAGAAUUCGCAAACCCGAAGUGUUGGUCUUUGGAGAUUUGAAGGCGAACAAUGCUCAUGUAAUAUUAUUUCAAGCGGAAUUAAUGAUCGAAUGUAGUCGACAUGCUGGCUUGUCUUCGAUUGUUUGUACCUUUUCGGAUAUUCGUGCCAAAAGUAAAAGUCAAAAUAGAUACUUGAAACAGUCUCCGCACUGGGUAUUACAACCUUGUGAUGUAGAGAUUUGUAAAAAAGAACAAUUAUUGAACUACAACGUACAAAUCACUGCUGCUGUGAGUUCGGUACAGAUUCAUUUGUCGGCUGGAAUUAUACAAACUUUCCUUGACAUAACAAAAGAAGCAUUAGUAUUUCUCAAAUGUAACGAGGUAGAAGCCAAUAUGAAAGAUUUAUAUCAAGAGAAUAUUUCAUAUGCAGAUCUGUGGUCACAGAAGAAAAUUUCUUGUAUACCAUAUAAAAAAGUUGAGGAAGAGUUCUUAGAGAAAUCAAUACCAUAUGAAAUGGAGGAUCAGUGUGAAGUAUUAGAGCUUAAACCAGUAUCCAUAGAUAUAAUGCUAGAAAUGGAAGACACAAUUGAAAGACUUCCUGCAGCAAAAGCAAACUGCGAGAUUAGUAUUACUAUUAAAGAUUGGAGUCACAAAUUUCAAAUGUUAACGUCUUUAAAAUUGUAUGCUUUUUGCUACAACGUUGAGUACGGAAAUUGGGAACCGUUUAUCGAACUUUGCAGCACGGAUGGCGUUUAUUACAGACCUUGGGAAUUAGUGAUUAAAGCGUAUCAAGCAGAUGCUUAUGCAUUGAAUUCUGAUUGGAAAAUUUCAAAGGAUCAAACGAACGAACGCUUGUCACGAAAGAAAAAGAGGGAUACCGAGAGCAGCGAGGAUGAGGCUAACGGAGAUAUGGUAUUUAUACGACCAGAAUAUGUUGUUUCAUCGAAAAUGAGAGAACCAAUAUAUAAUAGGGAGGAAAAUGAUGAUUCCGAUUCAGAUGAUCAUGGAGAAAUAGGAAAAUUAACUCGAACCUUCAAUCGAUUAUUUAUUAAAGAUAGUAGUGAUGGAGAGGGUAGCGAUAGCGACGAAUCUAGUAAGUGCGAAGACGAAGGUUUAGAACAAACACCAGAACACCAUGCGGAAUCACAUUGCUCCGUCCCUGAAAAUACUACGAAGUUGAACCAGGCAGCAACUUACAUUACUAUACAUGCGGAAGAUAAAAUAAAUCUGACAGUUACACCAAAUACAAUCGCACUUCUAGACACGGUUUUAAAUAUUUUUUCAAAAAGCAAAAGUGGUAUUCCAAUUGUAAUGAUGAGUACAAGACAAGUUAACUUGUACAAUGAUAUUGGAUACCCGAGUCGGAUUGAAUUACUUGUAAAAGAGGAAGAAGUGAUUAUUUAUAUUUUUCAGAGUCACUGUAGCAACGGACUUCGUUUAAUUGCAGCACGAGAAUUUCAGGUCCCUGAUUCUCCAACUAGCGCUCCAAGUACUCCAGAAUCUGACCAUUUUGCUAUUAGUCCUUCUAAUUUUGCUACCAUAGAGAACGACCUUUCUGACCAAAGUGGUAGUAUUUCGUAUGAUCGUAACAGACAAUCUACAUCCUUUCAACCCUUUCCUGACAACAGUGUCGUGGAUAUCUAUAAAGUGAUCACACAAGAGCGUUUGAAGGUAGUCAUGGAAGGUUUCGAUGAGACAACAUUUUAUUGUCCAAAAAGACAAAGAUGCAAACUAAUUCCACUGAGUCCUGUUAGACAUGGAAUCCGAUACCAUUUACUUCUCGAAGUAAAUAUCGAUCGUCUUCUUCAUCAGACAAUUACAGUCCGCACGCCGUUGCAGAUCCGCAAUGACACUACAUAUGCACUUGGGCUCUAUUAUAAAAAAGCACUAUUUAAGAAACUGGAUUUACCUUGCGUUGGAGAAGCUUUGAAUCCAUUUGAUGAUAAUAUGAGAAUGACUAUUCUCGAACCAGAUCAUGUCUAUAAUGUGCCAUUAUAUAUUGCUUACCAUGUACCAAUCUACAUAUUGCCAACUUACGCAGAAAAGUAUCAAGUAAGCGAUAGUGGAAUUUGGUGGAAAGAAUUAAGUGAGAAUAUGAAUAGCGCUAAAGAUGUAUAUUGCUAUGGGAAGGAAGGAAAAGAUACUGCAUUAUUUGCAGUGAAAGUUAUAUAUGUGGAGAAACGUACCGUUACCAAUGCAAAUUCCCAAGUUCCACAAUGUGAAUUAAAAAUUGUACCACCUGUUAUAUUUAAUAACAGAUUACCGUUUGCUGUAGAGAUGAAAAUACCGAAUGUCGAAUAUAACGUUAGAAUUGAACCUGGAGAAAAAGUAAGCGCAUACACGGUGAAGUGUGACAGUGACCAUCGUUGUAAUCUUGAGAUUUAUAGUUAUCUAGGCUGUCAGUGGAGUGGUACAUUCAUGUUAACAUCAGAGUUGGAAAUGAAAUUUGUGAAAAUGACUGCCGAUUGUGAAUCCGAAGGAGUUAAAUCACUGGUCCUUUGCGUAGAAUUAAAUAAAUCAGAAAGCUGGGUGAUCACUAUCUAUGCACAGUAUUGGAUCGUUAAUAAGACCGGAUUACCUCUCUAUAUACGAGAAAUACGAUCCAAUAUAAUUUACGAAAUCCCUGGAGAAGAGUUAAUAGUAUUUUCACAAAAGAAAAGCAGAAGAAGGUUGGUCAGACUACGAGCUCAUCAAUCAGAUUGGUCAGCAGCUUUUGGACUGAAUGCAAUUUGUUCUACGUCUUUAAUUGUAUGCAAAGACGGAGAGCGAAGACGAAAAUAUAAAAUUCAAGCAAAAAUGACAACAUCGCAUUUCUCUCCGCUGCUAACGAAGAUUUUAACAUUUCUACCAAAUUUUUUGGUGAUCAAUAAAACGAAGCGCAAAUUAAGAUUUAUGGAGGAGAACGAAGAAGCAGAUCUAUGGAACGAUCUGUUACCAAGUCAGGCAAUUGCAUUUUGGCCGUGUACAGAGUCAAUGAAGAUGCGUGUUAAGUGGAAUAAUAGUCAAUUGGUGUCACAACAUUUUGAUUUUUCGAUGGUUGGAGAAAACAUACUAAGAAUGGAUAAUGGGACAGCCUUGUGUGUAGAGGUACAACGCAGUAAUAACUCACCAUUUAGCAUAACAUUCCGACGAUAUCAAAAUGGAGAUGCUCCCGUCAGGGUUGACAAUUUUUGUGAAGACUUAUUCUUAAAAAUCCACCAAAUCAACUUAGGCCAAGUUGCUCUAUUGAGUCCUUUUCAAAGUCUUCUUUAUACCUGGGAUGAUCCAAGUAAAACCAGAGAACUUAUUUGGAACGUGUACGACAAUAAAACUAAAGGCUAUAAAGCUCAAUUUCAAACGGAUGGAUAUGGACAAGAAACAGUUUCAUUUCGAACUCUAAAGCGAACCACUAUCACCGACAGUUCUAUAUCUUUUUCGGAGAAAUUUACUUCCAGCACGAAGAGUCCAAAUUCAAUGACAGGGCAAAGCAGUAGCGAUGAUACUGAUAGCGAAACUGAAUUAGAAAUAUCGAGCAUUGAACAAGUACGGAAAGAUAGGGCGAUUGUUUAUUGGGUUAGCUUCAAAGAAAAGCACCAAAGAGUUUUACUAUUCACACAAGAUGAAAACAUAUUUUUAAAGGCCAAAUUUAUAGUAGAACCAGAACCAAGUCAGAUCGAAGUUUUCUGCUCUCUUGCUGGAAUUGGCAUGAGUAUCGUUGUGCAUCAUGAAGAACGACUACGAGAGCUGGCAUAUGCUGCUAUAACAGAUUCUGCUCCACAUUGGGAAGUUUCCAUUGGAAACCGUUGGAAAACUUUAACUUUGGAGCUAAGUGCAUGGAUUGAGGAUAAGUGUAAAGCCUCCUUAAAGAAAGCACAGCUAGAUAAUUUCAUAGAUAUCGAUUUUACAAAGAUGCACAUGACCAAACCAUUCUUUGGAAAAUUGCGAAGAACUUAUUCGCCAGGUAUUUGGUUUCACUAUAGGAGCUCGUAUUCCAACAUUUAUCUGCAAGGAAAGAUUUACAGAGUACAGAUUGACAAUCAACUACGAGGUGCUCUAUUUCCUGUAGUUUUGUCCUCUGAUUCAAAACAAUGUUUUGCGAGUAAUGUUACAAAUCGUAAACUUAAACCAGCCGUGGAACUACUUUGCGUAAAACAAAAGAAAGCUACUCAUGAUGUGUAUAAAAAAAUUAUCAUUGUUGUUCGCGAGUUUACGCUAAAGUUGCACGAAGAGUUUCUCGUACGCCUCCUAGACGAUCUGAUGCCGAAAAGAAUCGAAACGAAAUUUUCUGUCGCAGCAAGAUUAAGGAAAGAUCUCUCUAACAUUCAUCAUCCUCUUUACUGUACAAAAGAGAAGAUUAACGACGGGCGACACAAAACCGUUGUAGAAUUCUUUCAUGUCUCUCCUCUUAAAAUUUAUCUGAAACUAUUGGCAAGUGCAGAAGGACUUAACGCUCGCCUUUACAAUAGUACGUCGAGCUAUUGCAGUUUCGUGAGGUUUCUAUUCGAAUAUGCAUGCAGGGAACCGUUUGAAAAAAGUGCUGAAAUCAGGAUACCUCAUUAUGAAAAAAUAUAUAUCACGGUAGACAUUGAUCAAUUUUUAAAAAAUACUUGGGAAAGCUAUAUUGGUAAAGUAACGCAACAGUUCAACGUGUUAAUUCUAUCUUCUACUGUCUUGGGCAAUCCUUAUGGUUACAAUUUCAAAAUAGCAGCAGAUAGCAUCUGCGAAUCAGAUUUAAUUCCAACAGGCGAAGAGAUUGCUGAUAAACUGAGUUACGAAAUUGCAUGUCUUUUGGGAAACUGUACAGCUGAUGUUACGCAAUCUUCUCUCUUGAAUUUUGACAACACCGAGCAUUGUGCUAUACGUCCAAAGGACAAAGCUGUAGGAUUUGAAAGCACCCAAAUACCGUUAACCGUUUUAAUGGCUAAUUCUUCUUUUCCUAUUGGCGUAGAGUUAGAACUUUCCGGCUUAGUAGUGAAGCCUACAAGCACUGUCUAUCAAGAGGAGUUAAAAUAUUUCUUGAGAACAUUGGGAAAAAGGAUUCUAAGCCUGACAAAAAAAGAAAGUGUCGCGCACUUUCUACCAAGUUUAAUAAUGGACACGAUUAAAAGGGCCCAAGACAUAGGAUACGAAUUUGUGUCUCGUGUUCGUUUACCUCGCUAUGUGAAUCCUUAUUUGGGUGUCGAAUUCUAUUCCUCUCAUAAAGCAAUGGGAAUGCAUUUACUAAACACAAUAAGUAAUGGACACUAUGCAGAUAUGGAUGCAUACUGGGCACACGUAGUGCUAUCUACUGAUGGUGAACGUAUUGCUCUUGUGUCCCUGCGUCGGAUAUUUCUUCUUGAAAAAAGAUGUAUGUGGGGCUCUUGGAAUGUAGUAUGGACCAUAGAAGUUAAUCAGCUUGUUCAACCACCUAAAGUCGUGAAGAACAAAUUGAUUUUCUAUGUUAACAAGAACGAAAAAACGUGCGCUCUCAAUACAGACUGGUACAUAGAAAGCAACGACAAGAUCGCCCUGGAGUGGCUGUGUCGUCAAGCAGAGAGCGUCAUUAUAUUAAAUAUGGAAAAUAGUAUUUGUGUGGCAACAGAAUAUGAAAUGUCGUAACUAUGGAAAUCAACGUAUAUUUUAAUUAACUACCUACAAUAAUAAAUCUUACCGUGAAUGCAAACGAAA